AAACGCGGGGCUGAGAAAGAGCACAAACGCUACCACAGCCUGGGUAACAUCAGCCGCGGGGGCGGCGGGAGCAGUGGAGGCAGCAGCGGGGAGAAGCCCAGCGGCCCUGCGCCCCGCAGCCGUCUGGACCCAGCCAAGGUGCUGGGCACGGCCCUGUGCCCUCGCAUCCACGAGGUGCCGCUGCUGGAGCCCCUGGUGUGCAAGAAGAUCGCCCAGGAGCGCCUCACCGUCCUCCUCUUCCUGGAGGACUGCAUCAUCACCGCCUGUCAGGAGGGCCUCAUCUGCACCUGGGCCCGGCCGGGCAAGGCGGUGAGUCCCCUGGCACCCCAACCCAAGUGCACAGGACCCAUCAAGACUUAGGGCAGCAGGCUUCUAGGGCCACUGGUGGCAUAAACGAGAGGGGACCAGAGAGAGAGACCCCUAGGAGGGGUGCGGGACAGCCAGUGGGCCCAGCAUGGCCAGGUCAAACCACUUGUCACUUGAAGUCAAACCUGCAUUUUUUUUUUUAAUAUUUAUUUAUUCUCUUUUGUU